AGUAGAAUACCACAGCGUAGCCGACGCCGACUACGAGCCGUCGUAUAUUUUCCUUCCCAUAUAAUAUCUGCCUCCCUCAAUUGGGACUCGCAUUAGCAGCAAAAAAUCAGAUCGGAGAAUAAGAAGUAGAAGAAGAAAUGCCAGGGUUAACUUGCAACGCUUGUAACAAAGAAUUCCAUGACGAUGCUGAACAAAAGUCCCAUUACAAGUCCGAUUGGCAUCGAUACAAUCUCAAACGCAAGGUAGCCGGUGUUCCAGGGGUGACUGAAGCACUGUUUCUGGCUAGACAGUCUGCACUUGCUCAAGAGAAGGAGAAAUCAAGUGAGGCCCCUAUGCUAUAUAGUUGCAUUCUCUGUGGUAAGGGAUAUCGAAGUGCCAAAGCUCAUGCUCAGCAUCUUAAAUCACGGAGCCAUAUCAUGCGUGCCUCUCAAGGAACAAGCCAAGAUGAGCAUACAGCAGUGGUUAAACCUCUCCCCCAGCGUGUCAUGAAUAACCAUCCCUCACAAAGGAAAGUAGAUGAAGAAGCGAGUGAAGAUGACGAUGAAUGGGAAGAGGUUGAUCCAGGGGAGGAGUUGGUUGUUGAGGCAACGAAGUCAUUGACUGAUUUGAAUGUAAAUGAGGCCUCUGAUGAAGACAUGGAUGAGGAUGAAAAUGAUCACGAGUUAGAUCCAUCUUCUUGUUUUAUGUGUGAUCAAGAGCAUGAUAGCUUAGAAAGUUGCAUGGUUCACAUGCACAAGCGGCAUGGCUUCUUUAUUCCUGAUGUUGAGUAUUUGAAGGAUCCAAAAGGCCUUCUUACUUAUCUUGGUCUUAAGGUGAAGAGGGAUUUCAUGUGUUUGUAUUGCAAUGAUAGAUGCCAUCCUUUUAGCAGCUUAGAAGCAGUGAGGAAGCAUAUGGUAGCAAAAAGUCAUUGUAAAGUACAUUAUGGUGAUGGUGGUGAUGAUGAAGAAGUGGAGUUAGAAGAAUUCUAUGAUUAUAGCAGCAGUUAUGUGGAUGAUCAUGGGAAACAGCUGAUUACCUCAGGUGAUAUGGCCAACACAGUAGAACUUGGGAGUGGUGGUUCAGAGCUCAUUAUAACCAGAAGAUCUGAUAAUAAAAUAUCAUCCAAAACCCUUGGUUCCCGGGAAUUUUUGCGCUAUUAUCGCCAGAAACCACAACCUACACCUGCCAAUGUUGCGGCCAUUACUGCUGCACUGGCCUCUAGGUACAGAAGCAUGGGAUUGGCAACCGUGCAGUCAAAAGAGCAUAUGGUGCGGAUGAAAGUGAUGAAGGAAAUGAAUCGAGCAGGCGCGGAGGCCAUGCGUACCAAAAUUGGAAUGAAGAGUAACGUUAUCAGGAACCUUCCCAAGAACGUUCCAUACUAAGUUAACUAGUAGAAGCUUUGAGAAGUGAUCAAAGUGGAAACUAGAUGGUUUUGUUUUGAGCUUCAGCAUGUGAAUUUUUUUAGUUAAGGUUGAUGUGUUGAUUAGUGCCUGAAAAGGACUGCAGCUCAGUAAUUUCACAAACACUCAGUUUUACCUUCGUAUUUAUGAUAAAAUUACUAGGUAUACAACUUAAGAACACUUCAAAUGAA